AUGCAGAAAAUACAGAAGGACGAGUUUCCUUGCAGAGUAUCGUUCUACACAGAACUGCACACACCCACCGUUGGUUAUCCUGAGCUUAUAAAACUUACUAAGAAACGCCUGUCGAUCCUUAAAUCAAUAGAAACCAUCAAUGAUCACCGUAUCAUGGAUUUGGCGCCAAGAGAGGAUGAGCUGUCGCAUUUCCUAUGCAGGUUGAUCACCUGUUCGGUGCCAUGGGCAUCCCAGUGGUUCAUCGCCAUGGAAACCAAGCUGUUCAGAACACGGCUUGCCACGUACAACCUGUCGGAGAUAAAAAACUUUUUCUACACAAAAUACCUCAAGAGAGCCAAGAACCUGCAGGUCGAUGAGAAGGAUGUUUUCAUAGAGGACGGUACAAAAUUUGCUCCGAAUGAGGAAAUUGUGAACUCUGCGACGGACUACCACACUAUUCACGUGUACUUCUCGCGGGCACCCGAGCUGGUGCGUGAUUGCAGGGUAAAAUUGAAAAUGGGAUAUUUCGUUCUGCAGGAUGCAAACAUGGUCGCAAUACUGGCAAACGAGUUCCGCGAGUACCUCCAAGAAAGGAUAGACAGCUUAAAAGCAAAUACCUGUCUGCGGAACGAUGAGCGAUUCGGUAACCUUGCGAUUGACUUCUUUUCAACGCCCCAGAAGAGUACGGGGCAGCUCAAAAGCAUGUUAGAGUGUGCUCCGCCAUGCAUCGGCCUGAUAACCAAGCGGAUGAGAUGUGACAGGCAUCUGAAAUACAACGACCGGCAGAUAUUAAUACGCUAUUUGAAGGAGUGCGGACUACCCGUGGAUGACUGUGUAGAAUUCCUUAGGAAUAAUUUUGCGUGUGAUCCUGUACGCUUUGACAGAGAGUUUGUGUACGUGGUACGACACAACUAUGGAUUGGAGGGCAAAAGGGCCAGUUAUUCGUGUUAUACGUGUCCACAGGUUGUAGCCAUGGGUGCUUGCCCGUUUACGUCCAAAUCGGUCGUAAAGGAAUAUCUCGACGAAAAUGGCUUUCAGGACAUAGAGGAUGCGGUAUUUAGCGAAAUUGAAAAGAGGAAUUACACGAAGGGAUGUGGGACGUUGCUGAAGUACAGGAAAAAAAGUGCUGAGGAGGUUGCCGUCACGUCGCCCUUCAUGUUUUAUGAUGCGUGCAAAACAAACGAAUGA